GCCACAGGAAGUUUUAGCGACAGUGUUGGCUGGGUGACGUAAAGCGCUUUCUUUUCGUCUUUCCGGUGACUGCAGCCGGUUCCGGAGAGCGGGUUUAGUGUGCGGCCUAGGAGAAAUCCGCCGCCAUCCGGUAGAGAAAACGGCGGAAAACAGCUCUCUCAAAAUGGCGAAGUUCCAGGCGCCAGUGAUCAACGACAAUCCCCUGGGCUGGGGUCCCUGUGCCGUACCGGACCAAUUCAAGGACAUGCCCUACCAGCCCUUCAGCAAAGGAGAUCGUCUAGGAAAGGUUGCAGACUGGACUGGAGCCACCUAUCAAGACAAGAGAUACACCAAUAAAUAUUCCUCACAGUUUGGCGGUGGCAGUCAGUAUGCUUAUUUCCAUGAGGAGGAUGAGACCAGCUUUCAACUUGUGGACACCACCAAGAUGCAGAAAACCGCAUACCAGAGGAACCGGCUGCGCUUCGCUCAGAGGAACCUGCGUCGUGAUAAAGACAGAAGGAAUAUGCUCCAGUUCAACAUGCAGACACUACCGAAGAGUGCCAAGCAGAAAGAGAGGGAUCGUUUACGACUUCAGAAAAAAUUCCAGAAGCAGUUUGGUGUUCGCCAGAAGUGGGACCAGAAAUCACAGGCUCAGCUGAAGCCUAGAGACUCCUCUGUAGAAGUCCGCAGUGACUGGGAAGUCAAGGAAGAAAUGGAUUUCCCCCGGCUGAUGAAAAUGCGCUAUCUUGAGGUGGCUGAACCAUUAGACAUAGAGUGUUGUGGUGCCCUGGAAUAUUAUGAUAAAGCCUUUGAUAGAAUCACCACAAGGAGUGAAAGACCUUUAAAGAGCAUCAAGAGGAUUUUCCAUACUGUGACAACAACGGAUGAUCCUGUGAUCAGAAAGCUGGCAAAGACACAGGGAAAUGUUUUUGCCACAGACGCCAUUCUUGCCACCCUCAUGUGCUGCACCCGUUCAGUCAACUCUUGGGACAUUGUGGUUCAGCGAGUGGGAUCCAAAAUCUUCUUUGACAAGAGAGACAACUCAGACUUUGAUUUGCUAACAGUCAGUGAAACGGCCAAUGAACCGCCCCAGGAUGAGGUGAACUCCUUCAACUCUCCAAGGAACCUGGCCAUGGAGGCGACCUACAUCAACCACAACUUCUCCCAACAGUGUUUGCAGAUGGGCAAAGAGAAGUACAAGUUUCCAAAUUCCAACCCCUUCAUAGAAGAUGAUGUGGACAAGAAUGAGGUGGCAUCUGUAGCGUACAGGUACCGACGCUGGAAAUUGGGAGAUGACAUUGACCUGGUGGUGCGAUGUGAACACGACGGAGUGAUGACUGGUGCGAAUGCCGAGGUGUCCUUUAUAAAUAUCAAAACCCUGAACGAGUGGGAUUCCAGGCACUGUAAUGGUGUGGACUGGAGGCAGAAGUUGGACUCUCAGAGAGGGGCUGUGAUUGCCACCGAGCUGAAGAAUAACAGCUAUAAACUGGCAAGGUGGACUUGUUGUGCUUUGCUGGCUGGAUCAGAGUAUCUUAAACUGGGGUACGUGUCCCGUUACCAUACAAAGGAUUCAUCUCGUCACGUUAUCCUUGGCACUCAACAGUUCAAGCCCAGUGAAUUUGCCAACCAAAUUAACUUGAGCAUGGAGAACGCCUGGGGCAUCUUGCGCUGUGUGAUUGACAUUUGUAUGAAGCUGGAUGAAGGCAAAUAUCUAAUUCUGAAGGACCCCAACAAGCAAGUUAUUAGGGUAUACAGCCUGCCUGAUGGCACAUUUAGCUCUGAUGAGGAUGAAGAUGAUGACGACGAGGAAGAGGAGGAGGAAGUGGAAGAAGAAGAAAGCUAAGUGUCUGGAUGUGUCUGAGUUCCUGUUCAGAAUGCGUCAUCCAUCGCAGAUGCCUGAUAAGACCUAUUAUGAGAAACAAAUAAAGAUUAUGCACAGACCAACCCCCGGGUCUCAUGCAAUUUUAUCAUUUCUGAAUUCAA